CGUGAGGCUGAGCCCCCGCCCUGGCGCUGAGCCGCGGCCGGUGCAGUGUCAGAGCGCCGGGGCCCGGGCCGCAGCCGACCCUGCAGCAGCAGCCGAAGCAGCAGCCGCAAUCUCUUCUCACCUCCCUGUCAGCCGGGGGAAGGGGCCGCAGCAGAGCCGUUGUUCUGAGCUCCUCGGUGCUGAGCCCUAGGACUGCUGGGCUUCUCCCCCUGAACCCAGGUGUGUGGAGAAGAUGGAUUUCUCCAAACUCCCCAAGAUCGCCGAUGAGGACCAUGAGAGCGCCUUUGGCUUCGUUCAUGGAGUCUCAGGCCCUGUGGUGACGGCUUGCAAUAUGGCCGGAGCAGCCAUGUAUGAGCUUGUACGCGUUGGCCACAGCGAGCUGGUGGGAGAGAUUAUCCGGCUGGAGGGUGACAUGGCCACCAUCCAAGUGUACGAAGAAACCUCCGGAGUAUCUGUGGGCGACCCCGUCCUGCGAACAGGGAAGCCCCUCUCGGUGGAGCUCGGCCCCGGCAUCAUGGGCGCCAUCUUCGACGGGAUCCAGAGACCGCUGUCAGAUAUCAGCAACCAAACCCAGAGUAUCUACAUCCCCAGGGGCGUCAACGUGUCUGCCCUCAGCCGCGAUCUCAAGUGGGACUUCACGCCUUGCAAGAACCUUCGGGUGGGCAGUCACAUCACAGGCGGCGAUAUCUAUGGGCUUGUCAACGAAAACUCGCUCAUCAGGCACAAAAUCAUGCUUCCCCCGCGCAGCAGAGGGACAGUGACCUACCUUGCCCCUGCCGGCCACUACGACGCUUCGGACGUGGUGCUGGAGCUGGAGUUUGAGGGAAUCAAAGAGAAGUUCACCAUGGUUCAGGUGUGGCCUGUCCGCCAGGUCCGUCCAGUCACGGAGAAGCUGCCGGCCAACCACCCUCUGUUGACCGGCCAGCGGGUCCUGGAUGCCCUUUUUCCGUGUGUUCAGGGCGGGACCACGGCCAUCCCCGGGGCCUUCGGCUGUGGGAAGACCGUCAUCUCCCAAUCUCUCUCCAAGUACUCCAACAGUGACGUGAUCAUCUACGUGGGCUGUGGCGAGCGAGGAAACGAGAUGUCCGAAGUGCUGAGGGACUUCCCAGAGCUCACAAUGGAAGUGGAUGGUAAAGUGGAGUCUAUAAUGAAGAGGACGGCUUUGGUUGCCAAUACCUCCAACAUGCCCGUGGCUGCUAGAGAAGCCUCUAUCUACACCGGGAUUACCCUCUCUGAGUAUUUCCGAGACAUGGGCUAUCACGUCAGCAUGAUGGCAGAUUCCACGUCCCGCUGGGCCGAGGCCCUGAGAGAGAUCUCGGGGCGCCUAGCUGAAAUGCCUGCCGACAGUGGUUAUCCUGCUUACCUGGGGGCCCGGCUGGCCUCCUUCUACGAGCGGGCUGGCCGUGUCAAGUGUCUCGGAAACCCAGAGCGGGAAGGGAGCGUCAGCAUUGUGGGAGCGGUUUCCCCACCCGGCGGCGACUUCUCCGAUCCUGUCACUUCGGCUACCCUCGGCAUCGUUCAGGUGUUCUGGGGCUUGGACAAGAAGCUGGCCCAGCGCAAGCACUUCCCCUCAGUCAACUGGCUCAUCAGCUACAGCAAGUAUAUGCGGGCCUUGGACGAGUACUACGACAAGCACUUUACCGAGUUCGUCCCCUUGCGAACCAAGGCCAAGGAGAUCCUGCAGGAGGAGGAGGACCUGGCCGAGAUUGUGCAGCUGGUGGGCAAGGCCUCCUUGGCAGAAACGGAUAAGAUCACCCUGGAGGUUGCAAAACUGAUCAAAGAUGACUUCCUGCAGCAGAACGGUUACACUCCUUACGAUAGGUUCUGCCCCUUCUACAAGACCGUCGGGAUGCUUUCCAACAUGAUAUCUUUCUAUGACAUGGCCCGCCGAGCGGUCGAGACCACCGCUCAGAGCGACAACAAGAUCACGUGGUCUGUCAUCCGCGAGCACAUGGGCGAGAUUCUCUAUAAACUUACCUCCAUGAAAUUCAAGGAUCCGGAGAAGGACGGUGAGGCCAAGAUCAAGGCUGACUAUGCCCAGCUCUUUGAGGAUAUGCAGAAUGCCUUCCGCAGCCUUGAAGACUAGAAGCGAGACUGUCCUCCUCCUCCUCCCCACACCCUCAGCUUCUACGGGUUCUCUUCUCUUUCAGUUCCUCAUCCUCCUCCUCCUCUCAGCUCCUGGCUUCUCUGUUGUGCAGAACUGUGGUGUGUAUGUGUGCGUGUGCGUGUGUGUGUGCGCGUGCAUGCGUUCAUGCGUGUCCUUGUUCACUUAGGCAGAUUGUCUAGAAAACAAACAUUCCUUGGCGUUGCGUGGAGGAGGGCCUCUGACUCUGGGGAACUGGGGGAUGAGUGAGUGGGCAUAUCUCUGCAGUUACCAUCCCACACUGUGACUUGAGAGAGGCCAAACUCUCCCUCUCUCCCAAUUUGAACUCAUUUUCCCUUCAUAGGUCCCUCUCUUCACCUUCAAAUUCUAAGCUAUAUGGGCACUGUAGGCGCAGGUUUGUUGGGAGGGUCUGGCCUGUGCCCCUUGGCCAGGGAGUAGUCCCAACAAGCUGCUUAGCCAGCCCUU